AUGAGUACGAAAAAAAGACAAGAUAAAAUUGAUGAGUUUACUGAUGAGGCUCAAGACUUAAUUGACUAUAGAACGGAAGUUGAAAACAAUUAUUAUGCUGUUCUGUCUGCAGCUACAGUAUUAUUAAUGCGUGGAAUUCCAAAAGGAAAUUCACUUCUAAACGCGCAGGCAAAUUCUGAGAAACAUGUUAAGUUAUUCCACGCAACGCCUCAGUUAUUAUUAGCAAACAUAAGAGAAACUUUCUGUCCAAUCAGUGGACGAAACUUAGCACGAAAAACAGUUCACGACUGCAUAAGGUGUUCCAGAGUCAAACCCAAGUUGAUGCCUCCAAUAAUGGGAAAUCUUUCCUCAGCUCACGUAUCUCCAUCGCCUCCAUUUUACAAUACUGCGGUCGAUUACGCCGGUCCAUUUUCCAUCAAAUACCGAAAGGGUCGAGGGUGUAAAAUAACUAAAGCUUAUGAGCUCGUUUCAGACGCUACUGCAGAUGCAUUCAUAGCUGCUCUGCGGUGUUUUGCUUCAAGGCGCAGAAAACCAGCCAGAAUUUACUCGGACAAUGGAACUAAUUUUAUCAGGGGGAACAAUAAACUUGAACGUCUAGGGAACUUUUUAAUUAAGGAGUCAGACGCAUUAGGCGAAUCGAUUUUGAAUAUUGACAUUCAAUGGUAUUUCAUUCCGACCUACGCGCCCCAUUUUGCAGGUAUCUGGGAGGCCGGAGUGAAGUCCGUUAAACACCACUUAAAACGUGUAGCAGGUGACGCGAUUUUUACUUAUGAAGAAUUUUCAAAGUUAUUAACUCAAAUAGAGGCAACACUAAAUUCCCUACCCUUAACUCCUCUAUCAGCUGAUCUAAACGACCAUUCUUCGCUGACUCCUGCUCACUUUCUAAUUAGUCGAACCUUUACUAGCGUCGCUGAUCCAGACUUGAUGCAUCUCCAGGAAGGACGUCUAUCCAAUUGA